AUGGAUCUCGAAGAAUACGACCAGAUCGCUGACUUUGUAUUCUUCGUGCUUUUUCGCUACUACAUUCUACCCGUCGACCAUGACGACAUCGUGGCUCGAGCCGGCUCUGAUGGGGUGGACGCUGGCGAUGCGCCGGACGGUCACCAGGCGUCGUCGCGCGGACCUCGAUACAGGUAA